AUGGAGGCUAAGUUCGCAACCGCUGGGUGUCCUCGAGGCUGUGAGCGAAAUAACAAGAAUGGCAGUUGUGUGCGACUCCAGUGUCCUCGAGGCUGUGAGCGAAAUAACAAGAAUGGCAGUUGUGUGCGACUUCAGGGCACGUGUGACGACUUCGACAAAGAGCAGGAUGCUGUGCUGACUGCCUCUCGCUACUGGUACAUCAUCCUUGCAGUGGGAGUGUUUCUAGUCUGUUUACUGUUCUUAAUCUACUUGAUCGACUACGUCUGCGAAAAACGAAGGGAGAAAAAAGCGGCCAAAGUAGUCCGGGUGCCUCGAAAGUCCAGAAUGGUGGCUAAUACCAAACGCAAGUCCAAGCAUAGUGUGUUGGAAGACAGAGAUCUGCCAGUGGACAACGCCAUUCACGAGUCCAGAAGCUACCAGACUGAGAAUCCCAGAGACAGCGACAAGUUGAAGCCCAACGUGCCAGAAGAAGAUCUUCAGUCAAACUCGGAGCUGAACCCCACCAUUCUGCACAUCAACUACGACCGAUCAACAAAACAGACUUCUGAAUCUCAAAUUUAGGACUUUGAACUCACUA